GGUCCUGCUUCGGCAUCAAUACGUUUGAGAGGUGAGGAUGAAGUCGUUCUGCCUGCAGGCUUUCGGUUUUGCCAUAAAUCCGAGAAUGCUGCCUGUGAUCAUGCCCGUGCUUGCAUGGCUGAUGGUACAGGGAAGACGAGUUGCGUCUGCUACCCUGGAUGGAGCGGUGAGACGUGUAAUUUACCUGUUGACAUUCAAAAAGCGAACCUCAUCAACGUUCCUGUGUGCCCUUACUCCACCUUCCAAGUCGUUCCGAUAUCGUGGAAGCAAGGCGGAGCCUCUGCGAUUAUGGAACAUGUUGACUCCCACUCAGUGACGCAUCGAUCGAUACUUAUUUUUUUCCUAGGAAUCUUCGUAAAUUGUCUAGCCACAGAACACGUACUGCAGCUGAGAGGAUCCUCUGUCGCUCCAGAUCCACCUGCAAGUGCUGUACUGGUUUCUGUACCAGUUAACUCCAGCGUAACGCUCCGAUGUGAAAAGCCAUCGGAUCUGCCUGAACUCCAAUGGUUACACAAUGGUAACGACUUAAAUUUGAAGGUGCUACGAAUAUCAGAAGACGACAAAUCAUCUUUACAUAUUGCGUGGUACAUCACGAAGCACCACGAUGGAGUCUACGAAUGUUAUGCAGGUCCUGCUUCGGCAUCAAUACGUUUGAGAGGUGAGGAUGAAGUCGUUCUGCCUGCAGGCUUUCGGUUUUGCCAUAAAUCCGAGAAUGCUGCCUGUGAUCAUGCCCGUGCUUGCAUGGCUGAUGGUACAGGGAAGACGAGUUGCGUUGCUACCGCUGGGAGCGGUGGGACGUGUAAUUUACCUAAGUUCGAACAUUCAGAAAAGCGAACCUCAUAA